UUUGCAGUGUAAUUUAGUGCGGAGUGUCGGAUCAGUGUGACCCGUCCACAUCUCCGUCCUCUGGCUUCAUGACUUGUGAGGUGGUGGUCUUGUACUUUGCAAAAAGCUGUGAACUGGCCGGAGUUCGCUCAGAGAACGUGACUGUCCCCCAAGAAACAACAACAAGGCAACUGUGGGAGGAAAUUACUUCGCUGCACCCGAGGCUUUGCUCCAUUCAGGAUCAUGUGGUCCUCGCUAUCCGUCAGGAAUAUGUUGCCAUCGGUGAUGAGGCCAUAAGUUUGCGCCCUGGGGACGAAGUUGCCAUCAUUCCACCUAUCAGUGGGGGAUAGGACUCUAAGCUGCUAUGGGGGAUGGUGAGGAGCCUGAAGACUUCAUUAGAGUAUCACCAGAAAAGCUCUCCGUGGAUGAAGUUUCUCAGUUGGUGGUUUCUCCGAGCUGUGGGGCGGUGUCCCUCUUCAUAGGUACAUGACG